AUGAUCUUGACGUCUUCUCUCCAGUACAAGCCUUUACGCCGCUCCCUGAGACGGCCGGCGCCACUGUGGCGCAAGAUUCCGCAACGCAGUCAGCCCAAAGGAGCUAACUUAGAUGUGGCGCAGUCUUGCGAGGAUAGGAAAUUGCCGAUCGCUCAAUGGGCAAUCGACGUCACGUACCGGAUUUACUGUACGACGACAUCGUGUCAUACACGGUUCCAUGACGGAUCACUCACAACUGUGGACCAAAGUCUCAAGGAUGCAGUCACUGCGCUAUCACUGCAGGCGCGACAGGAUGCGACCAGUUCGGCGACGGGUACUGUGUUUGGCAGGGGAAUGGUAGGGUUAUCGGAUCUGCCUCUUGUCUAUCAUAUAACCUCAAUUGGACGGCGUUCUCCUAGGACGAUCAGAAGGGCCAAGACGAUCGACCAGAGCGGCCCAGAGUUCUUGUACAACAGAUCACACAGUACACUCGUCCGUGCGAAGAAAUACAAGGCAAAAAGAUGUAGGGCUUUGACUCAGCAUGGGCGCAAUUCUGGCGCGAGCGCUAUCUCCAUCGCUAUUCAGUGUAUCUCAAUGUCACCGACACCUGUAGCCUAUCCGCACACGUAG